CCUCCCCUUUAGUUGUAACUACACACCAUGAGCUUAUAGGCAGCUUAGAGCUGCACAGUUGGUCUGAAGGAGUUACAGCGUGAGAGAUUUCGUCUGUUUUUGUCAUCAUGUUUGGAUCCCAGCUGCUGCUUCUGAGCGUCCUUAUGGGCAUGAGCGCCGCUCAGAGCUUAUGCGACCCUGAGACCCAGUAUGACCUGAAUAAACAGUGCUGCAUGAAGUGUGGACCAGGAACUAAAAUGACAGAUAAUAACUGUGAAACUCCAAAAUGUGAGCCAUGUGGCCCGGAUGAAUAUCAGGAGACAUACACCAUUGAAAACAAGUGUGAACCCCAGCCAUAUUGUGACCCAAAUAAAAACAUGUAUACUGGAGUCCAUGACAGUAAGAAGAAAGCUGUCUGCCUAUGUAAACCAGGGUUCCACUGCUCAAGUGAAUACUGUGAAGUCUGCAGGCCACACAAGCAAUGUGGGCCAGGACAGGGAGUUAAAUCCAAAGGGGAUCAAACACAUGAUACAGUGUGCCAACCAUGUAUGAACGGGACAUUUUCCAAUGAAACCUCCAUGAAUGACCGCUGCAUUGAACACACAAAAUGCCCGCCAGAUUACACUACUGAAGUAGCUGGAACCGACCGAUCUGACACCGUAUGUGUAAAGAAAAGCCGGGUCCAUGUCAUAGUUGGCACAGUGAUGGGAAUCUUUCUAGUUGCAUGUUGUGUAUUUGGAGUGUUUCUGUAUUGUCAACGUAAAUCAAGUUUAGAGAAGGGGAAAAAAUUGGAGUGUAUUGACUGCAUCGGACCGACGGCAAUAUACGGGCCAAACGAAGAAGCCUCACUGUUUCCUGGACCACAGACUCCAGUGGAAAACGAAGACAGAAGCAUCCCUUCUCAAGAAGACGCAAGAAGCUUUACGGCAAUGUCCUUCGGUUCCGCUGGGGAGCACGGAAUUAGUGAGAACGGAAAAAUUGUGUGUUCUGUGGAGGAGGAAGGAAAAAUGGCCCGUCUCCCCCGUCAGGAAUCACAAGUAUCGAGCUCCUCUACCGUCGGCUUCAGUUCGUGAUGUAACUGGGGAGAAUUGGUUGUGUCAUAACGGACUUUCUCGGAGAUAAAGCUGUAUUUAUUGACCCUAAUGUGCCUGUAAAUUUUGCUGAAUUGAUUUACAUGAGGUUGAAUCAUUUGUCGUUGUAUAAUUGCAUGUUGUACUUAGAUGUUCUACUUGUUGCAAUGAAACACAUUAAUGCUGUUGUUCAUGUUUUUGGUGUACUGAAGCACUGUGUUAUUAUAGUAAAAACUGCAUUAAAUUUUAUUCAUGUUUUUAAAGGACAUGUGGUACUUCACCCAAACUACAAAUAAUUUAAGCAGACAUAUUUUACCUUAAAAAUGUAGGGUUAGCUAAGGAAACAGUUUGGCAACAACAACUUUGAGUCUCAGCUCAGCAAAUUUGUUGGUGUAAUAUAAAUUUACCAAAUUAACUAUAGGCAGUUGCAAUUAGACUGCCUUUAUAUAUGUGUUAUAUCUGCCUUAUUAUAUGUGUUUUGAACUAAAAAAUAAUACAUCUAUGCUAAUCUUGCAAGUAACUAUGUUCCAUUAUAGUUAGCAUAGAUGUAUUGUUAUUUUUUAUGGAUAUUUGGUUGUCCUGAUAACAUUAUUACC